GAAGGAUCAGUUGAACUCCCACUCCUCCAAGAAACCCCAGCCCCCGGCUCUUGGGAAUGCAGGGAAAGGAUUUACACCACAUGUCAUUAUGGUUGCUGCUGGAGAGGAUGUGGCACGGAACGUUAUGUCAUUUGUCCAACAACACAAGCGGGCAGUUUGCAUUCUCUCAGCCUCUGGUUCAAUUUCUGAUGUGUUGCUUUGCCAACCAGCCGUGGUAGGGGUCAAUGUGGCAUAUGAGGGAAGGUUUGACAUUAUUUCACUUUCUGGAUCUUUUCUGCAUAUUGAAACUGGCGGUGCAUCUACAGUAAAUGGUAGAUUAAACAUAUGCAUUUCUGGAGAAGAUGGUCGUAUUGUAGGUGGUGGAGUUGGCGGACCACUAAUUGCUGCAUGUCCAGUUCAGGUUAUUGUUGGUUCCUUCUUGAUUGAUCCUGGCAAAAAUACAAGUGCUUCUUCGAGCAUGGUUAAUGCAGGAAGCAAAAUGUCAGCACCAGUGCUAGCUGGAUCUACAUCAACCUCACCUGCCCCUUUAAGAACCUUCCAAGAUUCAUUGGGAAGGAUGACACCUAGUGAAGGAAGUGACGAUAAUCCAAGUUUUGGUGGACACGGGAACAGUUACAUGUUCCACUCCCAAGGAAUGUCUAUUGCGCCAUCACGACUGCCUGCUGACUGGAGAGGAGGGCCACGCUCUGAGCACGGGAGAACUUGCUUGUCUGCAGAUGAGGAGGACGAAGUAGCUUUUAGGAAUUAGCCUUUUUACUUGACCUUUCUUGAAAAUCUGUACAAACUAUUUACAUCACGGGGGAAAAUUGCAGCAGUUAUAUAUCUUUUCGAUGAACGAGCAUCUACGCGUUUCAUCUUCAAGUUGCAUGCAAACUCUAGAUGUAGACACAAAAAUGUUUCCAGUCUCAACAAUGUUUUUCAUGAUUAUCCGUGAAAAAGUU